CCCAAAACCAGCCAGCUUCCGUACCUUAUCCUUGCGAUCAAGAGCCUGAAGGAGAGAGAAGCGGACUUUCAGUCGACCGAUCCGAAGAUCUGGGUACAGCUAAUUUGGUUGAUUCAAGACAUCCGUCUAUCGAACCACUAUUUACCCGAAACGAAUCCAACGACGGUGUGGUCAGAACCAACGAUUCUGCUGAGACAUCUGACGUCGAUCCUACAGGUGAAACUACACGCACAGGUGAAGAAAUCCACCCAAUCGGAAGCCCAAGCGUCCGUGCUGACAUCGAUCUUCAUAUCACAUGCGAGACAAUUCCUGAUAUUUCUGCUGAGUCAAAUUCACUGCAUCACGGAACUGCAAGGCGUGACACCACAGAAACACGAGACAGUCCUAGCCUCUUUUCAGAAUUUUGGAACUUCAAUCAGACACCGAGAAAUACGCUACCUACAUCUAACGUACGAAGUGAGAGAGUUAUCCUCCCACUUGGAAGUGCAGCUACUGACCCAUCAACAGUCGUUCCUGAUAGACAUCCGCAACUUAAUCUUCUACCUGCGGGAGCUACGCCUGCUGACUCCGCUGGAACCGCUAAUUCCGGAAAUCAACUCGUUGCUGAGGAAAUUGGACAACUUCCCGGGAGCAGUCAACCCGAACAACGUGCAGUUGGCGGAGGAGAUCAAACAAACACUCUCCCAAAUCAAGGUCCGAUUGCAACGAUUCCUACCAUCCCAUACGGCGGAGGACGUAUCUCAACAACCCGCGGCCCAACAACCAGCACACCGUCAAGAGGAGAGGAUCGUUCGCCGUCCACGACAGGUGCUAUUCGCCGACCACCGCCCUAUUCGCUUCUCCCGUCGUCGAUGUUCAACCCGACGCCCACGCAUACUGAUUACGCCACCCAGGAGCGUCGCAGACGGUACAGCGAAUCUCGAUCAUCUACGAGCAGCAUUUCAACACAAUCUCACAAUUCAAGACAGGAGAGCUUAAGAGCGCAAGAAACAAAUCCUAAGAACAUGGCUCAAUGUCCUUCCCCUAGUAGAGCAGCUACAGCUAGAGAUCUUGAUGAUUUCCAGAAUAAUCAGCAUACCUUUUCCCGUUUGCAACUACUUCCUUCGUUUUCCGGAAGUCCACUUACGCGUUUCGACUCUUGGCUAGAAUCUUUCGAAGCUAUAGUAGACACAUCAGGAUGGUCAGGAGAGAAAAUUGUCCAAAUGCUUCGUGCUAAAUUAACAGACAGAGCUUUUCGCGUAAUUCAGGCCAUUUUGAAAGAUCUUCCGCAUGAUUAUGAUUCGGUCAAAGAAGCUUUGCUCGAUCAUUUUCACGGUGACGAAAAUGUUGACUUAUAUCUUAAGAAAUUUAAUAAAGCUAAGCGUAAGCCAGGCGAGAAAAUCGUUGAUUAUGCCCUUCGACUUCAGGAAAUUUUCAAGCGUGCAUAUCCUGUAGCUCACUCUGAGAAGUCUUUUGCAAUCAUUUUAAUGCAGAAAUUUAUUGAAGGCUUAGAUCCCAAACUACAGACGAAAGUUAAGUAUAAGGACUUUAAGGAUUUUGGCGAACUAGUUACUUCAACACGGACGUAUGCUAGUAGACUAGAAGCGUUAGAAACAGAUCGUGAAAGGCAGGAGUUUAUUCGGUCUAUUGAUGGCACACAUGGCACCAAUAGCGCAGAAUUGACAGAGCUUAAGCAAAUGAUAGUAGAUCAGAAAGAAAUGAUGAUGAAGGCAGUGGCUAACGUUCACCAUGAAGACAAGCCUGUUGUGGAAAAGAAAACUGAAAGUGAGCAGAUUAGGGACGUUCUUAGUGAACUCGUGCAGAGCGUAAAGAAACUCCAUCUCAAUAGGAAAGACGUCUCAUACCCUUCAAACACACAGUAUACGAAACAAGUCUCGUUUCAACCGACUUUAGCUAAUCAGCAAGAUGGUAACGUGAGAGCUCCGCAGCAGCGCUUUAAUAACAAUAAUGGAAAUAGACAAUUUGUAAACUCCCAAAUUAGUUCUACAAACAGUAGUCCGCCAGCCCCCAGACCUCCAAAUGAUUUCAAAAAUCGACCUUUACAGUCGUCGGUUGUUUGCAAUUUUUGCGGUUACCGAGGUCAUAUUCAGACAGAUUGUCGCCGUUAUCAACGUCAAGGACUAGAACAAGCUCAGCCGCCUAUUUGUUAUUCUUGCCGUGACAUCGGGCAUAGAUCUAACAAUUGUCCUAAGUUCAGAAACAAUAAUAGACCUAACAUUCCGUUCUCCUCAACAUCAGGAAAACCAGUAGGAAUCAACUGUAGCUUCGGGUCAGUUGAUGAAGAGCCUCCUCGCAAAUCCCGACAAGUCGCAAAAUUAACAACAAUUACGAAUGAAUCGACUCCAAGAAUUCCGUUAAAGAUUUUCCAGGUCCCGUUCCAAGCAUUAUUCGAUACAGGCGCGUCUAAAAGCAUUAUACAUGAACGUUUAUUUAAGAAGUUACCCCUUAGAGGUCAGGCGAUCUGCAGCCAGCUUGACUUCGAUUUAUAUGAUGUAGGAGCAAAUAAGUUACAUACGCUGGGAAAAGUGACUCUGCCCGUUGGAUACGGGGAGACAAUUUUACAGCAAGAAUUUAUCGUUACAAACGGUGUUUCUGAAGACUGUAUCCUUGGAUGGGAUGCAAUCCAGAAGCAUGGUUUUCAGCUUGAUGGAGAAACAAAGAGUAUUUACUUAGCUAGAGAUGGGCAAGGCCCCUCUUCUAUUUUUAGGGUGCCGGAAAUGGCAGUUACAGCAGUCAAAAAGACGACGUUACCUCGUCAGACGUCGCUAGUAACUGUAGGCCAAUUGAAGGGUUCAUUUCCGUAUGUACCUCCGAAUUCGGCAUUUAUCUUCACACCAUGUGGGAAUUUGCCAGAUGGAAUUUAUAUUGAAGAAUUUAUAGGAAAGGUAUCGGGAGAUGGAGCAUAUAACAUUAUAGUCGAGAAUCAUUCGUUACAGCAAGUCACAAUUCCACGAAACACCAAGUUAGGCGUCAUUGAAAUCGCUCAGCAGAUUAUCGGAAAAGUAGCGUUAAAUACAUCAGAAAUUAAGCCCAUAGAAUCACGUGAGCCUAUUGUAAUUUCGGAAGUCGACCCGGAAUUUCAAGCACCACUCUCCCAAUUAUUAAAUGACUUUCGCGACUUGUUUGCUUCAAAAGAUUCAGAACUAGGGAAUACCAAUCUCAUUAAACAUACAAUUGAUACAGAAGGAAGAGGCCCCAUUCGACAACGCCCAUAUAGAGUUACUAAUAAUCAAAGGAAAUUAUUGGAAGAUAAAGUGCAGGAGAUGCUAGAUGCAAAGGUCAUCAGAUACUCGCAAUCUCCAUGGGCUUCACCCGUGGUGCUUGUAGAGAAAAAGAAUGGAGAAAUAAGAUUUUGCGUCGAUUAUAGGAAAUUAAACAGCAUUACAAAAAAAGACUCUUUUCCCAUGCCACGCAAUUCAAGUUCAUGA